ACCUCAAAAACAAACUUUUUUUUUUGUGGAGCACACAAAUUAAAUAGAACUAUCAUUUUUGUCUUUUUCUAUCUAGUUUGAUAUCAAUCUAUGUAUUAAAUUCAUUGAUAAACUCUGUUUUUCUUGUUUCUAUUGAGAUUUGAGAUAGAGGAAGUGUUGAAAUUUUCGUAAUUUUUUUCUUUAUGGAUACGUGUAUUGUUCAUGAGGUAAAAAGCGAGGAAGAAAGCGAGUGGGAGAAGGAUUCGUUAUAAGUUGAGUAAACAUCAAAUCUGAUAAGAAGAAGAAAAAGCAAUAAUUAUAAUUUUUGCGAACUUCGCUGCAUAAAUUUAUAUCUUCGUUUCCGUAUAUGCUUGAUUGACGAGUAACGAUGUCGAUAAUCAGUGAAUCAGUUAUGAUGAAAGCGGCUGAAGCACAAACAGUUAAAGCAAAACUUACAGCGCCGAUGGAGGUUGAUUUCGCCAAAUGCGAGUGCUGUGGAUUGACGGAGGAAUGUACUCUGUCGUAUAUAGAAACAAUCCGGCAGCGGUACCAAGGGAAUUGGAUUUGUGGAUUGUGUGCGGAGGCUAUCAAGGACGAGGUCAUUCGAUGUGAGAGGUUGAUUACUGCGGAGGAGGCAUUGAAUCGUCAUCUCAAUUUCUGUAAGAAUUUCAGUUCGUCUCGUCCGCCAUUGAAUCCGACUGUUCAUUUAAUCGAUGCGAUGAGGCAGAUUUUGAGGCGGAGUUUUGAAUCUCCGAAAUUGAUUAGGUCGAUGUCUAGUAGUCCGGUGGAGAGUAGCGGAGAGAUGAAGAUGAAGCACACGGUGAUUGUUCGAUCGGAAAGUUGUAUUCCUGCAAUUUCUUUAGUGGAUUCGAGUUCGUUUCAUGCUAUGGGAUUGGAUGGAGGUUGUGAAUGAAACAGAACAGAGCAAAUUGGGAGUUUUUGUUUUAUGGAAUGGAAUAGUACUUGCUCUAAAAGGAUUUAAACUGUUGGUCAUGCUUUUUCAAUUGUUAUACUUACUACUUUUUCCAACAGGUUUUUGCAGUUUUGAUUAGUUUUCCUUUUGUAUCAUGUAAAUAUUUAUUUAUGCGAAACCAUCUUUUCGCUAAGCUAUAAUCUUGCCUCUUGAAAUUUGUGUGGUUCUAAUGUAUAAAGGAGUUGUGCCGAUGCAACAAUGAGGAGGCGUGACUCGUGAGAGAUGGACAUGACAACACGUUCUUGAUAAGACGGUUUGAUACAUGACCCUUGAUAGAAAGGUUUAAAGGUCGAGGAUUAUGGUAGAAGGUUAGCAGGUAGGCUUGUGUUGUAGCACCUUUUUGUAGGAGAGAACGGAGCUUGUCCUCUCUUCUUCUUUUCUCUUUAUUAAUGUUUAGUACUUGCAUAGUAUCUUGUAGUUCGUGUUCUAUUGUUAGUUAUUGCUCUGGGUUAAGAUUUGCAUAUAUUCUGUUCUCUCUCCUAACACGAGAUAUAUUGUUGUAAUAUUCUUGGUUCUAUUACAACAUGUUUGUGCUGUUCAUUGCUCUAA